AUGCUUCUGGACAGCAGCAGCAGCAGCAGCAGCUGCAGCGCCCCAAAACCCGAAACACUUGCAGGCAAAAGAGCAGCACCAGAAAUCGAAAAGAGGGGGCAAAAGAGAGACACCAGCAGCAGCGCUGCUGCCUUUUGCAUGCGCACGCAGCUGCAGCAGCACGGCGCUGCUGCUGCUGCUGCAGCAGGAGCAGCAGCAGCAGCAGCAGAGCCAGCAGCAGAGCCGCGCGGAGAAAGGAACGGGGACGAAGGCAGCGCCCGCUGUGAUCCUGCUGCUGCAGGUUCUUCUGCUGCUGCUGCUGCUUCUGCUGGCCCUGCUGCUGCUGCGGCAGGUGCUGCUGCUUCUGCUGCUGCUGCUGCUGCUGCUGCUGCUCUCUUGGGAGGCAUGAAUGUCUUCCGCAGCAUCACUUGGCCCACUGCGGAGCAGCAGGCGCCGCAGCAACUGAGGCAAACGCCCAGCAGCAGCGAGAACCCCAUCGCUGCUGCUGCUGCUGCUGCAGCUACAGAGCCAGUAGCAGCAGAACAAGCAGCAGCAGUAGCACACGCUGCUGCAGCCGCACAAGAAGCACAUGCAGCAGCACCGGCACAGCUAGCAUCGACAGCAGCAGCACGCCCAGCAGCAGCAGCAGAGGCAGCACGCCUAGCAGCAGCAGCAACACGAGUAGCAGCUGCAGCAGCAACACGAGUAGCAGCUGCAACAGCAACACGAGUAGCAGCUACGGCAGCAACACGAGUAGCAGCUGCAGCAGCAACACGGGUGGCAGCAGCAGCAGCAGCAGCAGAACUAGCAGUAGCAGAAGUACCAACAGUAGCAGCAGCACAAGUAGCAGCACCACGAGUAGCAGCAGCAGCGGCACAAGUAGCAGCACCAGAAGUAGCAGCAGCACCAGCAGAAGCAGCAGCAGCAGAAGCAGCAGCAGCAGAAGCAGCAGCAGCAGAAGCAGCAGCAGCAGAAGCAGCAGCAGCAGGGCCAUAA